CGACAGUUUCCUGGAACGAAGGCAAACAGCGCGCGGCGGCUCCUCUUUCGGUCGGCAAAUCAUGGCGUCUGCCAGCACGGGGGGCCGGGUGUCCUGCGGGAGAGAUUUGAAUUGUGUGCCGGAGAUCGCCAACACUUUAGCUGAAGUUGCUAAACUUGGGUUUGACUUCCUGUGCAUGCCCCUGUUCCACCCGAGGUUCAGGAGAGAGUUUGAACUGGAACCAGCUAAAUCCAGACCCGGAGCCCAGACCCGAUCAGACCUGCUGCUGUGUGGGAGAGAUUGGAAUACUCUUAUUGUUGGAAAGCUCUCUCCAUGGAUCGAUGCAGAUUCAGAAAUCAAGACAGAACGUAGAAACUCAGAGGCAGCUCUGGUCCAGGAGUUGAAUUUCUCAGCCUACCUUGGUCUGCCCGUUUUCAUGAUCCCUUUGAAGGGCCCCUGUAAUGCCAACCUGGCCCGCCUGCUGCUAAACCACAUACACACUGGACACCACACCUCAAAUUUCUGGAUACAUGUCCCACUCAUAUCUUCAGAGGACUUGCGAGAAGAUUUGAUUGAGAAUGAACCAUUGACAUGUAUUGAUGAAAUAAGUGUUGAUGAGAAGACCUGGAACUGGUGGCACUCUUUCAGAACACUUUGUGACUACAACAAGCGGAUCUCUCUCGCCAUUGAAGUUGGUGCAGACAUGCCCUCAGACGCUGUGCUGGAUAAGUGGCUUGGUGAGCCGAUCAAAGCUGCCAUACUUCCCACCAGCAUCUUCCUAACCAAUAAGAAGGGUUUCCCUGUCUUGUCCAAAGCCCAUCAGCGAAUAAUAUUUCGUCUUUUCAAGUUGGAGGCCCAGUUCAUCUUUACCGGUACCAGUCGCCACACGGAGAAGAACUUUCAGUCCUACCUGCAGUACUUAGAAUACCUCAGCCAGAACCGCCCUGCACCCAACGCCUAUGAGCUCUUUGCUAAAGGUUAUGAAGAUUAUCUACAGUCCCCUCUGCAGCCUCUCAUGGACAACCUGGAGUCUCAGACAUAUGAAGUGUUUGAGAAAGAUCCAAUUAAAUAUUCGCAGUAUCAACAGGCCAUUUAUAAGUGUCUUCUUGACAGAGUUCCUGAGGAGCAGAAAGACACCAACAUUCAGGUCUUGAUGGUGUUGGGGGCAGGCAGGGGUCCUCUGGUCAAUGCGUCCCUGCAUGCUGCAAGACGUGCAGAUAGGAAGCUGAAGGUGUAUGCUGUGGAGAAAAAUCCAAAUGCUGUUGUGACGCUGGAGAAUUGGCGCUUUGAAGAGUGGGGUGAUCAGGUGACGGUCGUGUCAUGUGACAUGCGGGAGUGGGUGGCACCUGAGAAGGCAGACAUCAUUGUCAGUGAGCUUCUAGGAUCAUUUGGUGACAAUGAGCUCUCUCCCGAGUGUUUAGAUGGAGCGCAGCGCUUCCUUAAAGAUGAUGGAGUGAGCAUUCCCUGUUCCUACACAUCCUUCUUGGCUCCCUUGUCCUCUUCGAAGCUUUACAAUGAGGUGCGAGGGUGCCGGGAGCGUGACAAAGACCCCGAGUGUCACUUUGAGACACCCUAUGUGGUGCGCCUUCAUAAUUUCCACCAGUUAGCUGAGCCCAAACCCUGCUUCACUUUCACACAUCCUUCAAAAGACAUGAACAAUAACCGUUAUCAGUGCCUAAGAUUCUCAGUGGGUUGUGACUCAGUGCUCCACGGCUUUGCUGGAUACUUUGAGACCACACUGUACAAAGAUGUCACACUCAGUAUAAAACCAGAAACUCAUUCACCUGGUAUGUUCUCCUGGUUUCCCAUCCUCUUCCCCCUCAAACAACCCAUCACCAUAACACGGGAUGAUGAUGUCACAGUGCGAUUCUGGCGCUGCAACAAUGGGAGAAAGGUUUGGUAUGAGUGGGCUGUGACUGAGCCCUCUUGUUCCGCCAUUCACAAUCCAGCGGGGCGCUCCUAUACUAUUGGUUUGUGAGGAUCAGUCAUCACAGCUCUGGCCAAAUACCACUACUGGUAUGAGACUGGCUCUUAAAUAGUAGUCCAAAUGCUUCACCACUGGUUCAUUGUUUGUUCUCCAGGCACCCAUCCCACCAUGUUACUUACAUGAAUGAAGCCGGUUUUAUUGUGGAGAGUCAAUCAGUUUGGUUUUCAGCAUUACACACCUUGUUUCCUGUUCAUACAUUUAUUUUUUUGUGUUUGAACUUGUCAAUAAAAACAACACUGUAAUGUACUUCAUACACAACGAUGUAUUCAGUCUACGUCUUUGGUGUGUCAGGUCAGGUCUGGGAGCCUAGACUGAUGCUGUGUCGCCGCAUCCACUGCACUGCACAAUGAGCUUCGGUCCUGGUUGGCAACCAUUCAGGAAGACUAACAGUCUAUCCCCACCUCUCAACAGUAGCCAUCUGUCUGCCACAUUGAGGUGAUACAUGGGCGUUCUCGUGGACUUUCUAGCCACUGGGGUCCUCAACACCAAAGCAUCUGUGUCCUGUAUCAUGCUCAGAGAAAUGUGCAACAUAUCCGAAAUGUGCAACAUAUCCAGACUGUCUUAGCUGAUAUUUUCUUCACAAUGCAAGUGAUACUCCCCCUCUCAGUCUCCCUAAGUACCUGUUCCUUUGACACACAACAAUAACACAAAGUCAUUCCAGAGAUCUCUAAAGAUUUAGUUCCAAGGAUGUCCAGUUGUCGACUUAGGUCACCGUGUCCAAGUCUCACAACCAUACAGGAAGACAGGAUACACCAGGACCUUAAAGACAUGGAUCUUCUUUCUCCCGCAGAGGUGCUGGUGUGUUCAGAGCAUUCAUGACUCCAUAAGCUGCAUGAGUGUAAUUACUGAAGGGGAAGCAUUUACACAAUUGAUUUGUCCAGCAGAUGUCGCCCUCAUAUAACGGCUCUGGCCUCCAAUAAGCUGAAGAUUUGCUCU